GCACUAUCAUGUGCAGGAGCUAGUACAUCAGAGGAUAAGCCAAGAAGCAACAUUAAUGGCUGCAACACGACUUCUACGUCGGCGAUGCUGGCAGAUUUGGGAAUCAUGCCACGAGUCUGUUACAAUCUGCUGGAGAAGCUGCUGACGGCGGAGCAACAUCAAUCUGGGUUCGAAGGCUCGCACAAUGAUAUCAACAACGCAGCAGGUGAACGAGGUUAUAGUGAGGCUGGUUUUCAUAUUUCCGCAUCUGCAGAGGACAAUAAGAGAGACCUGACUGUCAUGAAUUCAGUGUCCAGCAGCAUCAGCACCUCCGCAACGUCGAUGUCGCCGAACAGCUCGUGUACUUCGUCUUCUAACCAGGUAUUGAAUAGCUGUGGAAGCAUCAACCACAGCCGCCCCAUUCAGAUGAACCAGAGAACGCCAUCACCGGCUGCACUGCAUCAAGAUGUUGAAACUCAAGCUUGUUCAACAGCCGGUCGGAACGGUGCAGCACGUGCUGCUGACAUAACUACGACCCCGUCGUCCAAUUAUCGCACAUCAAAUGGUCGUAAGAAUAUUCUUCCACUCAUGACUUCGGCAUCGCUGGAGUGUUGCGAGCUAUACAACGGCCAGGUGCGUGACUUGAUCCGCGAUCACGUGUGCGGGAGCAGUCUGAGCAUUCGCGUGCACCCCGACCGCGGCGUUUACGUUGACGGGCUGAGCGUCAACAGUGUGCUGAGCGCGACCCACUGCUUAGAGUUGCUGAAAGAGGCAACGGAAAGGCGAACGCAGGUGAAACCAAUAGAAGUAGGGUAGUGGGUGAGAUGCAUCAAAAGCAGUAAAAGUAGACUGACCACUGCAAGUCUGAUUGAUAGAUUCAUCUGGCAGCAUCGUUUUGAAAGAUGAAAAAGCGGAAAUUUCUUGCACUGUAGCUCGAAAAUUUAUAUUUACGCUACAUGAAGAAUUGAAAUUGAUUUCCAGGUACCAACAAGCAUAAACCCAUCAUCCAGUCGCUCGCAUCUGAUCUGCACACUGAAGCUAUACGAUUCGAAAGCGACAACUCCGGCCACAGCGGAUUUUUCAACCCAGCAUGAUAAGUUUUCGCGAGGAGGGGGAAGUGGCAUUGGCUCGUCAUCGUCCGCUCCUUCGAGCAGUAAGAAAAAUAAAAUACCGCGUGCAGUGAUUCAAUUUGUCGACCUCGCCGGGCGUGAGCAAUUGGGCGAAGAGCACGGGUAUUGUAAGACCUUGAAGGGAGAGCGAAACCACAUCAACACCAGUUUGUACCACUUAGGGCAUUACGUGUCCGGUACCGGGAUCUCAAAAUUCCGCGACACGAAAUUAACCAUGCUGGUUUCACAGGUAUAGUAAAGCCUAAAGCGCGAUGAACACUAGUAGUGCCUACUUAGGUGGCUCAUUUGUCGGAGGAUUUUGUGGUCUCCAAAUUGUCGCUAGUAGCAAGAACGUAGUUGCGCCACGGUCUGUUCUUUGCUGCCGUCCAGGUAUCGAUCCAUAUAUCUUCUACCCCAAGAAAAGAGUGGGAGGCGAAUGCGAAGUCGAAAGCAGUCUUGAUUGACUACGUAAUGACUCCACAACUACUAUCCAUCACAACUAUUCAGACCCUCGCUAAUCUGAACACGCGUCGGUACGUGAUCGCCACGCUUUCUCCUCUCGAUAAGCACCGGGCGGAGAACCUGGCGACGCUGCGGUUUUGCAAAAAUUUGUCGGAGAAAGUGCUGUCUCUGCCCGUAAACCCGGGCACCAAGUUUGCGGAUUUGGCUCAUAAGCAUCUACACGAUCAUCCUGGUAGUGGUGCCGAGCCUCAGGGCAAAAAUUUUCGUGCUGCAAGCAGGAACAGAGGGUCCGUGAUUGCGCAGUUUCUGCAGGAGCAGAGUGCAGACGGACGAGCAUCGUCGCAACCACGUACCAGUGAUGUUUUCUUCUGGUCGUAAUUUUUUGCAAGCUGAUUUUUAGACAAAACACACAAUGUCGAGCGUGAGUUUCAAUCAAAAACACCAGGUUCCUUCGAGCUCCCAACCGCGUCCUCGUUUUCAAAAAGAACGUCCAGCAAGAAGCGAAAUAGAAUGGCAGGAACAACUGCUGGGCUCCUUGGCGUAAGUCCGAGCAGCAGUUCGCUUUUGCCGAAAAACAAGCCCAGUAAAAACAGCAGCUGUGGCACGCUGCCGAGCAACGUGAGCGGCAUACUGAACGUGAAGCCCCUGGAGCACAGCAGCGGGUUCGGAGUGUUUAAUGGUGGAAGCGGCGCGAGGGCAGAGGAAGAUAUGGAAAAAUUUGGCGGACCCAGGGGACGAGAAGCAGAAGACCAUCUUCGUCAUGUUAUCGAUGAGGGUCCGCACCGUCACGCGCGUCCAGAGCCAGAAACUUCCACACAGCUACAUGAGGACCUGCAGCUGAGCCAAUCUCCCUUAGUAGAAGGAUGCGCGGGGGCGGCCACGUCGGCGAGCGAGGCCGAUGAACAUAUGGAGCCACCAGGAGCGCAAAGUGGUCGUCACAAGAACUACCCCGGGAAGAUGGUGAAAACAUUUUCACCUUGUGCAGCUGGUCCCCCGCCGUUGGAACAACGAAACUCUACAGACGCAGGAGAUCAUACUGAUUCGGAUCAGCAUUCAUCUCGUCUGCGGUCCGCGUGCUCUAGUACCACUCUUUCCGCGUUGGCGCGGAAACGGUUUGCGCCCGCUCGAGGUGCCGCGGGGAGUAAUACGCCACAACACGGGAACCACCACGACGACAUGCUGAAUACAGACGAGGCUGGUGAGCAGGACUGCUCAUCAAUGUCCGACCGAUCUGGUCCUGCUCCUGCGGGUAGAAAUCUCCAUAAUUCCACUUCGUCUUCCCACCGUACGGCGUCCAUUGUGCCGCGGAGACUCUCCGGGCAGUUUGUUCAGCCUUCGUCCCACAGCGGGGGCAAGAAGACGGUGAACAACAACAACCCGUUUUUAGGCGCCGUUGGUGGAGGAGCUGCUUCGUCGGCGAUGUACAAUAACAGGUACAACUACAACUUGGCUAGUAGUACAAGUACUACUAAAGCCGGCGCUCGCUCCGUGUCCCCGCAAAGUAGUACACUGUAUGGCUGCAGUGGUGAAAGUGAAACAAGAACACGAACAGGUGGUAAUUAUGGUGGCGCAAAUUCUAGUACAUCGUCUCAUGCGUUGUACCACCACCACCAUCAUGCCUCGACCGGUAGUUUUCUUGAACGAAUCUCUGAACAGCCCUGCAGUAGUAGCUCGCGGGAAUCGCUGCACUCGAAUAAGAGGAGGGGACGCGAAAGAACUACGGGUGAUCAGUGUGGUGCACAGCGACCUCAAGAGGUGACGGAGUCUUGGGAGGCAGCUAUUAACUCUAACAUGGGUAGAAGUACAACUCCUUCUACGAGACAAGGUCUCAACAAUGGCCACACUUCUCACAGUCAAAGCUGUGCAGCGCUCGCUGGACCUGGAGGCGGGGGAAGUGCCGGAAUGGGAGGACGAGCAGGCGCCGCCGGUGCUACCAGCACGACAUUACUCCACCAUGAUGACAACCUCGAGCCAGAUUUGCUCUCUACUUCGCAGCAGCAGCAACAGCAACAACAGCAGCAAUUAUUCCAAAAAUCGUCCACCUCCACCCGGAAAAUGCAGGACUUGGAUCGUUGUUUCCACCUGCAGAUUAUCAAAUGCAAAAGUGUCUGGGUCUGGAAACUUGUGAUGCUGGGUGGCGUAUCAUGAGGAGGCCACAAGUGCUGCCUCAGCGUGACAAGUUUCUGAGCUUCUAAGUGUUGCCUAUUCAUAUUCUGCAUGACAAACUGCGUUUCUGCAUGACAGAAAAGUGGCGCUCUUGGGUAACGUGCAUGACAGAUUUGAGAGUCAUGCCAGACAAGCAUGACAGACAUGCACUCUUCUAGACCCAGGCAUUUUUACAUUUGAUCCAGAUUCAACGGUUGCGCGACGCGGUUUCCGAAGUGUCUGCGACCAACAACGAGAAGAAGCUGCUAGAGUCGCAAAUCUAUCCUGUGCAAAAGUAUCGUACUCGUAGUAAUCGCAAUUAUGCAUGACAAAUCGCCUUCCUUUGCUAAAACAGCAUUACAAAUCCAAUUUGUCACGCUAAGGAAAUGCAAUUUAUACUAGUACGUGUACGAUAACGAUACUUUUGCAUUUCAUAAAAUCAUGUUUCUAAAGUCCGUCCGGAAGGAGAUCGGGACGACGACGAGUAGUAGAGCCUCCGGUAGAGCUGGAGGUCGGGGCCGGCGGCGGAGUUUGGUGAGCACUACGGCGGGGGAGCACGACACGAGCUUUCUGUCGCAACUCUCCGCGAGCUCGCCGGUGGGGGCAGGUAAGUCCGUACAUAAGUGCAAGUUUUGAAUUAUGAUCAAGUAGUUGUCUAAAUCUAAUGCUAAUCAUCUACAUCUUACUUAGUCAUACUUGAUCGCAAGCAAUGGUGCUAGAGCCGCAAAGGCAUAAGAAUAAGUACCGUGAUCGAUUCACGAAAUCAUACCCGGACCCGGAAUCUUCCCCCACGCACACAGGCACCGUCGAACAACAGUCAGCAACAGCGUCCGGGGAAAUUGCACCAGGAGCUACAAGUACAAAUACACCUGCCUCGGCUUCCUUGCAGGAGCAGGACCGCCCGGCAGUCGUUCCAGCGCGCCGCGAUGAAGUAGACCGGCUUUCCAACUCGAUCCCUACCACCGCCGCGGAGCACAACGGCCAGCGACUGUUUUCCUUUGGCCCGACCACGGCGCCGAGUCGCCGAUACAGUCUGAAGAAGGACGGCGUGGCCAGUGCGUCCGCCCCGGCGAAGACUUUUCCCGUGGGGGCAGAGGAUACUGUUCUGGAGCAGACCGACCACGUUGAUCCGGCGCAACAUGCGCGUCUAUCGAACACUGUUAAACAUCUCGAUCAAGGAGCGCUCCCCGGUGGACCAGCGCCGGCAACAACUGCAGAUCAUGGUUCGAACGGGUCGCGUUCCACCUCGGAACCCAACUCCUCCGUUCGCGGACCUCUGACGAAAGUGGUGCCGAGGCUGCAAAACUUGGAACACUGCCGUACUGUGUACAAAAGCAGCUGCUCAGGAAAGCACGCGCGCCCAACCAGUUUGGAACCUGGGUAUCACAGUUGUAUGAUGGACGAAAAAGAAAAUGAUAACCACAUGAUAUCCACCACUUCGGACGUCGGGGGUCGGGGGAUCCGCAGUGUGCCAGCACACCUCGCUGCAUCCUCACAAGAAGGAGUGAUUGGGCAGCGAGGGCAAACAACAGGAGCUCCACCUGCGGAGGCAGAGGUAGCUGGUAGUUCUUCGCAAGGAAUUAUGCCCGCAGCCUACGGGCAAAAUUAUCAACAGCACUCUGCUUGGACUUCGAAACAAGCGAGUAGCAGAAGUGGGAUAUCAACUGCAAAAAUGUCUGGGUCAGGAAACUUGUGAUGCUGGGUGGCGUAUCAUCAGGAGGCCACAAGUGCUGGCUCAGCAUGACAAGCUUCUGAGCUUCUAGGUGUUGCCUGUUCUGCAUGACAAAUUGCGCUUCUGCAUGACAGAAAAAUGGGCGUCUUGGGUAAUGUGCAUGACAGAUUUAAGAGUCACGUGAAACAAGCAUGACAAACUUGCAUUCUUCCAGGCCCAUACAUAUUUGCAUUUGAUAUGGGACAGUUGUUAGCAACACCUCGUCUGGUGCGACUUCUGCUACAACAUCUCAUGUCGUUUACAACCCACAAAACGAACCAGACUGCUGCAACCGCGGCCGAACCCUGGGCCAUGCCCCGCCGCAGUACAUUCAGACGCGCUCAGAAUCUUUGGCCGCAAGAACUUCGGCGACAGGGAGUGUGGGUAAGGAUUUUCUUAGCAGUUGUUUGGCUUCGACUAGAUUUUUCUUUUAUUCAGAUUUUAGCUUCCUUUCACGUAGAGGUGGAAAAUGACAUUGAUUCAUUGCUUUAUGGAGGUUUGCAGCACUCGCUUGAUGUUCGUGUUGACGAUUGCUCUCGCUGAUUUUUCCACUGAAAGUCCUUACAUCAACCUCCCCGCCAGGCUCUCGGUAUCCCAACGUUUCGGUGUCUCGUCGGUGGAGCCGAAGCGUUUCCCCGCGCCGAGCCGCCGCGGGAGGUGGGCCGAAAGCAACCAUUUCGCAGCUGCCAACGUCCCUCACUCCCCCGAACCUGAUCGCGCAGACAACCCUGCCCUUCCGGUCGCUUUCCCGCGGGACGCCCACUUUCGGGUUGACCUGUGGGUCGUUUGCGGAUCUGCAGAGCGUCACGCCGUCGUUAGAUAGCUCCUCCAGGAACUCAGGGGGAACGAAUUAUAACAACCUGAGUGGCUUAGGCUUGCCGACGCCUCCCACCCCGGCGUUGCAGGGAGUUCAACAGACCGGAGCAGCGGGGGCUCCGAUGCUAGGGGGUGCUCCUGUUGUGCAGACCGCCGGGGCUACGGCAGUUGGUUCUACCUAUCCGAGAAGCUUCAGUGCGGUACGCCCGGAGCGGGGAAGUGCACGAGAUGAAGAUGAUUCUAGUUGUGCAAAGAACGGCGCAAGAGCCCCUGCUGGGGCAGGAGCAAUUCCUAUGGCACAGCAGCUACAGUACGGGAGUUGUGUUGGUCCUCCUGCUGCUGCUCCUGGGACCGCCACGAACAACAGCACCGAUUCGUCGCGUCUCGGGGUGGCCUCGCAGGCCGGGAUGUUGCAGAUGACCGCAAGCGGCGCUUCCAGUAUUUCAACGCCAGCAAAAGAACAACAACAUAUCACGACACCAAACGCACAUUUUCAAAUGAAUGCCCAACAUGCCGCUGCGGGGGGAACUGGAACACGAGCCUCACCAGGACCCCUGUCGAGUACCCGCGCUGGUGCAACGACACAGCAGCUACCCAGUGGUGGUGGACCGGUUCCGGUUAGUAGUGCAACACAGAACCUUCUCCAACUCCACAUGCCUCCGAGAAUCACGGCACACAGUUGCUCGUUAUGGACGCCGCCACUUCUCGGCGCGCCGUCGGGUCAUGGGGCUCCUGCGUUGGGCGGCACGACCACUUCUUAUCCAGCAGUUCUACAACAGCAUCAACAAGCGCAACAUCAGUUCACUUUUCAACGGCAGCAAUUGCUCCACACCGCGACCCCGAUGCACAAUUUUGCGUACCCAGGUGUGCCGAACAUGCUUUUCUCGCAUGUUAGCGGUAGUGGUUCUACUUGCACGACCGCUGCAGCAGGGGAUGCGGGCCAACAUGCACAUUCAGCUACAAACAACAACAGCAUGACUACGUCGAAUGGUGGUCCACCGUUGGGGAUGAAGCAGCAAGCUGGCUACGUAAACUCGCACCAGUUGAUGAGUCAGCAGGCGGGGAGUAGUUGUGCUUCUACAUAUCCCGUGGACCACGAGCAAGACAAAUCUUGCCAAGAUAGUUCCGAUACUACACUCACCCGCCAGCAGGGCGAAUGCGAGACGAGCGCUGAAGUCCGUGACAACUACGGGACGACCCCGUCGGCCGAGCGCGAGCAGGAACCUGUACAACAGGUCGUGCACCACCAGCAAGCUUCGGGAAGUUUUGUCGUGCCGCUGGGGAGCGAAACCCACCGGUCAGAGAGAUCAACGACAAGAAAUGGGGUGGAGCAGCAGGGAUAGAUGAAAUGCGAAGAAGUAUACGCAUGAUGGCAUAAUUCUAAUCUAAAGUCCUCGAUGUAGAACGGCGGGCUGCUCGUCCUGCUCUAUCUUGUAUUCAUCCGAGCAAAAUGACGCCAGUAAUCUUACCACCGGUUUUGCUUUUCGUUUUGGUUUUGCUGCUCUUUUUCAAGGUGCAGGCGAUUCUGAUUCUAAAUGAACACUAAAGCGCGACAGCACCAGCCCGCUUUAAUUACUGACAAUUGACCUCAGCGACAUCAUAUUGAGCUUACUAAAUUGCUUCCCAAAUUAUGAUGACAAUUUUGACACGAGUAGCGUUUAAAGCCUAGAAGAACACAACUCGAGUGCCAAUCUCGGGAAUGAUCCCAAAUUGCCACGCACUAUGCAAGCGUUUUCGGUAGUUUCAUCAAUCUAUCAAUUUACCGUGGUAUUUUUUAUAUUCCCCGACCACCGUAAAAGAGCUACUACAAAUGAAUCAAGUUGUAGACGACUACAUGACAACAAUUUCAAACCACAAAUGAACCACAAGAUGAACAAUGGCACGGGCAGCUGGCAUGCCUACCGACUUCUAACUUCUUCUACUUCAGCGUCUAAGUAAAAAUCUACGUCUACCCUACGUAAACUUGGUUUCUCAAGAAAUGCCUCUGCCAUCACGACCGUUUCGAUUUCUUUACCGUUCUUGACGUAUUUUUGGCAUAAUUCUGCAUUUGAAAUUGAAUUCUGCCCGCUUGCUUGUCGUUCUGAAGUCCUCGAUCCCUUCUUUCUUCGUGUUCCGU